AUGUCAACCUCCGACCCACCACCCGACACAACCGCCCUCCCCUCCCUCCUCCCCCUCAGCACGCUCCCCGCCCCACACGGCCGCGGCCCCUCCUCCCGCGCAUGGCAGGCGCACGCGCACUCGUCCCCGGCAGCGCCCCUCCUCGCCGUGGCGGCCGCGGACAAGAACGUCUACGUCUGGAGUUUGCGCACGUUCCAGCUCCUCAGCACUAUCGGUGGAGGGCAUAAGCGGAGCGUGAGGUGUGUGGAGUGGAAGGAUUAUGGCAAUGAGGGUGGGAAUGGUGGGGAUGGGGGAGAGGGGCUGCAACUGCAACAGCAUAAGAGGAGGAAGGUCACACUUGCGACGGGGAGCUUUGAUGCGAAUGUUGGGGUGUGGGAGCAUGCGAGUAGUGCGAGGAGGCGGGCAUGGGGUGGUGGUGCUGCAGCUGCGGCUGCAGCUGGAGGGCUGGAGGAUGCGGCUAUGGGGGAUGGUGUGGAUGAGGUGGAGGAUGAUGGGGAGGAUGUCAAUGAUAAUGAGGAGUGGAAUUUCACGACACUGUUAACCGGUCCGGAUUCGGAGAUUAAGGGUAUUGCAUUCAGUCCUAGGACCUACGGCGCGAAUCUGCUGGCGACGAGCAGUAGAGAUAAGAGCGUGUGGGUGUGGGAGGAGGUGGAAGAUGAGGAGUGGGAGACUGUUGCGGUGCUGCAGGAGCAUCAGGGAGAUGUCAAGUGUGUGAGGUGGUGUGAGGGCGUGACUGUCCAAGGAGCGGACGGGCAGGAGAAGGUGGUUGGCUCGCGGGAACUACUGGCCAGCGGGAGCUACGAUGAUACGGUACGGCUGUGGCGGGACGUGGAAGAGGAGGGAGACUGGGCUUGUGUGAGUGUAUUGGAGGGCCACGAGGGCACGGUAUGGGGCGUCUCCUGGGAGGGCUGGGUCGAUCAACAGAAGAUGCCGGAAGGCUGGGAGAUCGACUGGGAGCCCCGGCUGCUCACGUGCUCAGACGACUUUUCAGUCCGGGUUUGGAAGCGGGAGUUGAGUGAGCAAGAGCAGGAGAAGAAGCGGAACGCAAGGAUAAAUGGUGCUGGCGCUGCGGCGGUCACUCAGCGCCUGCCCAGCAUUCUGAAGCCGACGGGAUACUUCGAGACCUGGGUGGAGGAGGCACGCCUGCCGCAGGUCCACGUGCGCAGCGUUUACACCGUCGACUGGAGCAGGCAGACGGGGCUGGUGGUCACUUGUGCGGGUGACGGUGCGAUCGUUGUCUACAGAGAGGUUCAAGAGGGCCAGCAGCACCAGCAGCAGGAUGUCCCCAUGGCGGAGGCACCGGAGACGGAGCAUAGACGCCAACAAAGCAAGUGGGAGGUGGUUGCGUUGGUGGAGGCUGCGCACGACGAGUACGAGGUCAACCAUGUGUGCUGGGCGGCCAGGCGGGACAAAGACACGCGGUUCGAGGGCGAAGAAAUCAUCGUGAGCACUGGCGAUGAUGGAGACAUCAAGAUUUGGGCACUGCCGGAAGACUUGUGUCGGCGCUGA